UCCGACCAAGGCAACCGCAAUGGAUCAGGAAGAGGGGUGGACCACCGUGGACAAUAUAGUCACUCAGUUCAACACCUAUGAAGAUUUCCUGGAUUCGCAGAUUACUACACUGGACUUGUACUACCUGGAGGAUGAAGGCCUGGCCCGCCAGUUGGUGGAGCUAGGCUACCGCGGGACUGGAGAGGUGGUGAAAAGGGAAGAUUUUGAAGCAAGGAAGGCAGCUAUAGAGAUUGCAAGGUUGGCUGAAAGAACUCAGAAAAAGACAUUAACAAGUGCUGGUAAAGACCUGCAUGAUAAUUUUCUGAAGGCUCUGGCAGUGAGAGAAGAAGACAAUCGCAAUGGAAUAGUGAGCUUAAAUCAACAGGAAGCUGAUGCUGCUCAUACCUUGAAGAAGCAACUGGCAGAAAGUAGUGCUCGUGGAAAAUCCGUGAUCUUUAUUCGUGACAGAAAUUCUCAUGGGCAGGAGGUGUCAGGAUACAUUGACUAUGCUCACAGGCUAAAGACUGAAGAUUUUGAAGUCUACUUUAGUGGAAAAAAAAGACUUCUUCCAAGACCCACAGAUAUGAGUUUUUACAACUGGGACAGUCAUGUUGCUGUUUGGAAUUCAACUCCCAACUACCAAGUGAUUGCUGAUAAUCCAGAAGGCUUACUUUUCAAAUACAAAAGAGACAGAAAAAUUCUCAACGUGGACCCUAAGGCUCAACCAGGUGACAACUCUACUAGAACCCCUAUCCAGACAGAGCUCUACAUACAAGCUGUCAUUUUUGACCACGUUUCCAGAAGAAAGACUUAACUACCAACAUGUUAGAUGGUUUCCUAAUGGUUUGCUAAAUUUAAAUGACUCCUAUAACCAGAAGCAAAUUAGAAUAAUAAAUGAGUCCUGUAGCUAUAAGGCAAAUCAGAAUAAUAAAAGUUGAUAAAGAAAUUAGAAAGAAAAUCAUGAUCUUGAUUAUCUGUUUUGUGGUACAAAUAACUUCUUAAUCUGAUUUGAGGUUUUUCUAAAUUUUUUCCCCCUAAACACUGAAGCUGAUUGCAGUAGUUCAUGGGAGAAAAUCUUAUGGCUAUUUCAAAGAUAUAGUAAUUAGUGACUUCUUUUGUACCUCAGAUUUUCCACGUUUCCAAAUGUUCCAAAAAUGUUCUGGGUCCUACUAUUGCCAAAUAUAGCAGGCCAAGCCUUAUACCACAUGGCAGUGCUAGCUCCCGAAAUCACUGGAAGACAGGCAUAAGGAAAUAUAAAUACAAGGUUUUUAGUAGCACUACAUGAGUAAAUAUAAUCUGAAAUAUCCCAUGAGAUGAUGUAUAAAAUGAUUGAAGUGUUUGAUAUGUUUAUGUGCCUGGACAACAUGAACCCCAUGACAAUAAAGCUGAGAAAAUGAAAUCUAAAGGAAACCAGAAGAUUUUAGAGAAAUGAGGACCUCAGAAGAGUGAAGAACAUGUUUUCCUAAUAUACCCCUGCAGGUGACUUUUGUGCAGAAAAGAUGUUCAGAGGCCAUUUGUGAUUUAAGAUUCAUAUUUGGCUCUUCCUCUUCUCCUUCCCAUUGUCUUUCUUCCCUUUCUAAACAAUCCAGUUCUAAAGCAAUUAGGUGGAGCCAAGCAAGGUAGAAGUCUGCUCAGUGUGGGUAUGGGGGUGGGAGAUCCCGGAGCAGGAAUUCCCCGGUUGCAAUGGGAUGACAAGGCUGUAUUCAUGGUGGAGGUGAUGGCCUGGCACGAGGUGUCAGAUCUCAGUCUAGGUGAGUAGAGUGGUGUUAAAUUAGAAUUGGAUAUAUUGGUGUGAUCUCAUCAUUUUCAAUAUAUACAACAGGUACAGAAUAUAUGUUAAUGUGUGUAUGUCUGCAUAUUCCAAUGCUCCAUCCACUGAGAGGGCCUUGGAGCAGCAGCACCCCAUAUCAGUGAGCACAGCACACCUAGCACCCAGAUCUUAGUUUCUCAACACCAUUUUCUGCCAAAGGGAAGAAGGGAUCCUUAGAAAAAUGACUGAUUCCAGGGCUGAGGCAAGGAAAAUAAAAGAGUCUGGAAUCUCUGUGCCAGGAAGCAAAGCAGUUCUGGAAAAAUGAAGGGGACUUAUCAAAAGGACACAGAAUCCACCUUGAAAGUGUUCCCACUGGCCAAAUCUGGGACAGUUUGAGCAUCAAAAUAAAUUAACAACAGGCGUAAAAUAGGAAACCAUGAGUCUAUACUGAUCUAUGUAAAUGAGUAAUUGAUGAGGAAUGGGAUAUUUACAUAGUAUCUCACAUAAAAUACUUAUUAAUUACAGAGGGAAAAAUGGAAAAGCCUGAAAGACACCACUUUCAUAAGUGAUCAAAGAGAAUAUGAUUAGUAAUGAGGUGAACUGAAUUUGUUCCCCACCGAAGAAGAUGCAACAGAGGAACUCAGCAUCCCUUUUAUAAUAAUCCUGCCAAAGUUGCAUAACCUGAAUCUAAUCAAGAGAAAACACAGACAAACCCAAAUCCAAGGACAUUAAACAAAAUAACUGGCUUGACGUCUUCAAAAGUGUCAAGAUCAUCAAAGUAGAAGACUGAGAAAUUGUCCCAGAUUGAGUGAGACUAGAGAGACAUGAUAAUCAAAUGCAACACAAGACUCUGAGUUUGAUUCGUACUGUAUAAAGGGAAUUUGGGGACAACUGGUGAAAAUUGAAUGAUUUCUGAAGAUUAGAUGGUAGUAAUAUAAAAAUGUUUAUGUCCUGAUUUUGAUGAUUAUGUUGUGGUUAUAUUAGAAAAUGUCCUUGAUCGUAGGAAAUUACACUAAAGCAUUUGGGAGUCAAAGGGCAUCAUGUCAGCAAAUUAUUUAUAAAAUUUUAUGGGGAAAAAUUAUUUGUGCUGUACUUGCAGCUUUUCUGUAAGUCUGAGAUUGUUUUUGAAAUAAAAUAAUUUGAUUUAUUAUAUUUAUCAGUUCAAAACUCUACUUAUAUUUUAAGUAUGUAUACAAAUUAUAUUGUUCUAUCUAUAGAUUUGAUGAAAUUUUAGCAAUCAUUUUUAUUUCUUCCAUAGUUCAGUUAACUAAAUUCCUUUAAACAUUUUAAAUUUUAUUUAUGAACUUCAUUACAUUCAAUUUUCUAAUGAAUUCAAAUUUCCAAGUAACAAAUAAGCUUUCAUACACAUUUAAAUAGCUGUCAUAAAUUUAAUAAAUUAAAAUUGUAAUGAUUCAUGUUCUCUUAAAGUUUAAAUAUAGUUCACAAAUUUAUAAAAUUUCAAUUUAAAAUAGUCUGAAUUAACUAUUGAAAUAUCACAUUUUAUUUUAUUUUUAAAUAAAAGUAACUUCUAUCAAGAUUUAAAUUUCUCUUAAUCCCUUUUUUCUAGGAGCUGCCUCUCAGCUGAUCUAAUUUAGAUAUUUUUUCUUUUUUUUAUUGAAGUAUAGUUGAUUUGCAAUGUUGCAUUAGUUUCAGGUGUACAGCAAAGUGAUUCAGUUAUAUAUACUUUUCAUAUUAUUUUCCAUUAUAGGUUAUUACAAAAUAUUGAAUAUAAUUCCCUGUGCUAUACAGUAAAUCCUAUUGCUGAUCUAUUUCAUGUACAGUAGUUUGCAUCUGUUAAUCCCAUACUCCUAAUUUAUCCCUCCCCUCCCCAUUCCUUUCCCCUUUGUAACCAUAAACAGUAAGUCCCCUACAUACAAACCUUCAGUUGCAAACUUUCAAAGAUGUGAAAGUACGUUCACAUCUCCAAUCACGUAAGUUAGUUCACGUGCCUGGCGUACAUUGUCAUAUGUGUGCAUCCUCUACAAGUGGUUGUGCUUUUGUGUACUUUACUGUACAGAACUGUAUAGAGUACAGUAGUACAGUAUCUUUAUUUCAAGCCCAGGAUGUCCAGAAUCAAGCGUAAAAGCAGCGGUGAUGUAGCUGGUACUGCUAAGAAACGCCAAGCGAUAACAAUGGAACUUGCUGUGCAUAGCAAGGAGGAAGAGAGACAAGAGGAAGAAGAAGUAACUGAAGAACUGAAGAGAUUCACGACACAACAAAUGGCUAGGGGAUUUUCUUCAUUUGAGGAGGUACUGUUAGUUUUUGAGGCACAGGACCCGAAAGUAGAAUGGUACACAAAGGUUGAAGCAAUGCAACCUUCUGCAAGGUUCAGAAUGCAAUCCAGUGCUACCAUGUCAUCUAUGAUGAGAAAAAAAGAGCUACUAUCCAGACAUCACUGGGUCAUUUUUUCAAGAGAGUAGAAAGAAUAGAAUCCAGCAAGGAACCAGAACCUGUGCCAUCAACAUCAGGCGUGAGUGAAAUUGCAGCUUGCCCUCCGUCUCCUGUUGCUGACGAUCCUUCAGCUCUACCAUCUCCCACCUCCUCCCCCUCGUCCAGUCAGUAACUCUUCUUGCCUGUUCACUCGAUGCCAGCCCCUGGAUGCCAGCUGUUGUACUGUACUACUGUACUUUUCAAGGUACUGUACUGUGAGAUUUAAAAUGUUUUCUUUAUUUUUUGUGUUUGUUUGUUUUUUAUGUAUUAUUUGUAUGAAAAGUAUUGUAAACCUAUUACAGUACAAUACUAUAUAACCAGUUGUGUUGGUUGGGUACCUAGACUAGCUUUGUUGGACUUAAAAACGCACUCUUGGAACGGAACUUGUUCGUGUGUAGGGGACUUAACUGAAUUUGUUUUCUAUGCCUGUGAGUCUGUUUCUGUUUUGUAAACAUUUUAAACUGGAAAAAUAAUGCUUACAUAUUAAAUACUCUAUCCUCUAA